GGCCGCCUCGCUCGCCUAGGCUGGCGCUCGGCGGGAGGUCAAUGAAUUGUCAGAGGGUGGGCGCGACGGACGUGGCUGCUCGGCUUCCCGUCCCGGCCUGAAAGCCCGCUGGGGCAGGGAUGCUCUCGGGCGGCGCUCGAGGCGUCUCCGAAGCCGGGACCGCUGCGCCUUGAGGAGUGGGACUCCUCGAGAGGAAUCGGAGGGGCGCAAAAGGAUGGAAAUCCUGUAUGAAUGUGGAAGCCAUUAGGAGAGUAAUUGCUGUCUGUUACCAUGACAACCAGCCGCUGCAGUCACCUGCCCGAAGUCUUACCAGACUGCACCAGCUCGGCUGCUCCUAUGGUAAAGACCGUGGAGGACUGUAGCAGCCUUGUGAAUGGACAGCCGCAGUAUGUCAUGCAAGUUUCAGCCAAGGACGGGCAGCUGCUGUCAACGGUAGUACGGACGCUUGCUACACAGAGUCCUUUCAAUGAUAGACCAAUGUGCAGGAUUUGCCACGAAGGCAGCAGUCAAGAGGACUUGCUUUCGCCCUGUGAAUGUACAGGGACCCUGGGAACUAUUCACCGCAGCUGCUUGGAGCACUGGCUGUCAUCCUCGAAUACCACUUACUGUGAACUCUGCCACUUCAGGUUUUCAGUAGAGCGCAAACCCAGGCCGUUGGUUGAGUGGCUAAGAAACCCAGGCCCACAGCACGAGAAACGGACACUGUUUGGGGAUAUGGUGUGCUUCUUGUUUAUAACUCCACUGGCUACCAUCUCUGGCUGGUUGUGUCUGCGGGGAGCAGUGGACCACCUGCACUUUAGUAGUAGGCUAGAAGCUGUCGGCCUCAUUGCACUCACUGUCGCACUCUUCACAAUUUACCUCUUUUGGACAUUAUGGAGAAGCUCAAGCCAAAGAACUAGUGAACUUGACUCAAAAUUAUCCCCAUUGAAUCCAGUGCAGACCAAGCAGGGAUUUGAAUGCAGGUAUCGUUUCGGUAUCACUGUAGAUUGUACAAUGAAUGGCGUCGGACCAAUCAAAGAGUUAUACUUCUCAUCCCAAAGUCUGCCGGCAUCCCUUCAAAUCAGCAGUCUUUGCUGGGCCUGCAUUCAGUCAAAAGAAACUCAAAGGAGACAAUCGUCUAAUUGUGCUACUCCCACAUCGGGGCCAUGAACUACAUGAGGGAGGGGCUGAUUCCAUCCCAAACUUGGUAGUGUAAUAAUCUGAGUGACAGUGUCUUUGCAGAGGAAAGACGACUUGACUGUUGCAAUUGAAAUCAUGGACGCUGCAAUCGUAUGAUAUUUGCUAAGAUGCCAAACAUGUUUAAAAAUUUAGCAGAUACUGUAUGACAUUCUCCAAUACCAUGUUGAUAGCUGCAUCUCUAGGGAUGCAACCCUUUUUUAUUGCUGUUUAAAGAUAUUAAACUAUG